GUCCUACUUGUUAAGAAACUAGGAAGUAGAAUCCGCGUUUAUAUUAAUUAUAGAAGAAUUAAUAAUAUUACUCUUAAGUCCCGCUACUUACUCCUACUUAUUAAAGAGACUCUAGACGUAAUUUACUAUACUAAAAUUUUUAUAAAAUUCGAUGUAAUAGCCGCUUUUAAUUAUAUCUGA